AUGGCGCUGGAGCUAGCAGGCGGCGCGAGGGACCCGCAGGAGCGCGGCAACCCGAUGGGGGCGUGGGGACAAGCAGGCGGGCAGGGGCACGGCGUCCAAGCGGCGGCGCGAGAUACCAGUGCGAUGUCGAAACCUGCCGGCGGCAGUGAAGCCGUGGAGCCGUGCCGGCCUGCCACGGAUUUAAUGGCGGAAGCAUCCCAUGUCAACGCUAUGGUUGCUGGUCUGAAGGUUUCAGACAUUCUGCUGCCGCAUCCUUCUCUCCCAGAUUCUCUUUGUCUUGGUCCUCAUUCCUCCGAGAGUCCUGCUCAUUUGAUUUCAUGCGAGGCCAAUAGAAUUCCUUUCUUUUCAGCUCUUCGGUCCACCAUCCCCUUCCCCGUCCCCAACACACGCACACACAACUCGCCCCCCUCACCCAAAUCCCAAAUCGAUCCACCACCACGCCUCCUCUCGAUCCAUCGCCCUCCGUCUCCCUCGAUCCAUCGCCCUCCGUCGCCAUCGAUCCAUCGCCGUCGCCCUCCAUCGCCGUCCAUCGCCGUCCAUCGCCGUCCGUCGCCCUCCAUCGCCCUCCGUCACCCUCGAUCCGGCAGCGACGCCGCCCCAAUCAGCACCCACCCCACCGAGGAGGAGGAGGUGACGGUGGAGAGGACGCCGGAGGAGGAGGAGGCCAGGCUCAGGUACCUCGAGUUCGUGCAGCAGGCGGCCGCGCAGGCGGUGGAUCUGGCCGCCGCGGCCUACGCCUACACCAAGCAGGACGCGGGGCCGCUCCGCCCCGGCGUCGACCACGUCGAGGGGACUGUCAAUGCCGUCGUCGGCCCCAUCUACGACCGUUACCACGCCGUGCCGCUCGACCUCCUCAAGUUCCUCGACCGCAAGGGAGCUCGGCUUCGGAGUCCGAGCAUGCAGGAGGAGGAGCUGGCCGGCGGCGUUUCAGCGAGUAGGCUGGCCGGCAGCCAGCGGAGGAGUGAGAAGCCUGGUGGGCAGCUAGCGGGCAGCUAGAAGCCUGUAUCUAUUUGUGUAAUAUUUGCUGG